AUGGAAAUAAUUUUAAAACGAUAUUAUUAACGCAGGUGGAAACUAUAGGCGACGCUUACAUGGUGGUUUCGGGCUUGCCCGAACGCAACGGCGACGAGCACUCCAAAGAGAUAGCCCUGAUGGCCCUGGCUAUCCUGGAUGCAGUCAAAUCGUUCACGAUAAUACACAAACAGGACGCACAGCUGAGCGUGCGGAUAGGCGUUCAUAGUGGCCCUGUAUGCGCGGGUGUCGUCGGGCAGAAAAUGCCACACUAUUGUCUCUUUGGCGACACCGUCAACACGGCCUCUAGGAUGGAAUCGUCCGGUUUACCUUUAAAAAUCCACGUGUCACGAGCAACAAAGGAUAUCCUCGACAAGUACGCUACAUUCGAUCUCGAGUUGAGAGGCGACGUUGAGCUCAAAGGCAAGUGCAAAGUGACGACUUUCUAGCUGAUGGGUUGCUCAGAGCCAGAUCCACGACCACCUACUCCCAAGCAUCGGCGACACAGCACAAGCUUACAAGAGAACAGCACUACCCUCAAUCCCUUGAUCUUUCCGACAAACAAUGUCAACGGACCUAAACUACCUAAUGUAAUACAUUUAUCAAUUUGUCAGAGCUGUAAAUGUAAUCUAUUAUGAUAUCUUUCUCCUGAUGAGUACAAAGUAAAGAGAUUUUUUAAG